GGUGGCGAUGUGAAUCUGUGUGUUCUGUCCGCCAUUUAAAACUGAUAAAGAGAAAUCGUUGUGGUUCGUAACGCUUCGUCGCGUGCCCUGUGUCGUGUUUGCGAGCCCUCUCCCCUUGGAGAAUAAAAAAAAAGUUUCCUGCUUAAAACAAUUCUUGUGCCGUUUACCACUAACUGCAUAACCUUUGUGCGGCAAUGUCCCAGAAGAACCCCUCUGACGGUGCUCAUAAAGGCUUUGCUGUGGGACGAGGGCUCCUGGCUGCUGCCGAGACUUUAAAUUUCAGCAUGAAUGAUCAGCGCCCCCUCUAUGGCACCUCUUCCCGGCCCUCUUACGGCAUGUCCCCUGCUCUGGGCAGUGGGGACAGCAAGAACCGCAACUCCCAGCUGCCCCCUCGUGGAGGUGGCCAUGUGACCAACACUAUGAAACUCUUUGACAGCCUGGGACUCUCUCCCACUGACAUUGAUGCACUGGCACAAAUCCCUGAAGAAAAUAUCAGUAUAGAGACUUUGCCACAGCUUAUCAUGCAACUGAAGAACCGCAAGAUGGAGGCCAAUCGGCGCAUGGGCGGCAGCUCCAGGGACCUGCCCCCCAUCUCUCCUGAGCACUCAUACAGAUCAUCUCGUGAUGACUGGGAGGAUAUGCCAGCUGGCCGCAUGGGCUCUUCCGGUGGGCAAGUCUCGGCCCGUGGCCAGCAAAUGGACUAUGGCUAUGGUUCCAUGCAGGAGGGCCCAUCUCGAGGCUACAAACGUAUAGACUAUGGCGAGAACAGCAGUGGUGGGAUGAGCAGAGACCGCCCAUAUUCAGAGCUUUCCCGUGACCGCUACGGUGGCCUUGGGAUGGGUCCCUCCACGGCAUCUGACAGUGGCUUUCUGCAGAAAAGGAUGGGCUCUCCCUCCCAAGGCAAAGUGCAGGACUUCUUGGGAGUCAUGCCUCACAUGUUCCCACACGUGUGCUCUCUUUGUGAUUUUGAUGUCCAUUCAAUGAUGGAGUGGUCCCAGCACACAAAUGGAUUGCGUCAUUCAGAAAACCGCAGGCAGCUCUUGCAGAUGUAUCCAGAUUGGGAUCCUCACAUGGAUUCAAACAGAGCGUCAGGGUCCCAUGCACUGGAUAGCACUAACCGCUCUGAUGGAAUCCUGGGCCCUGCACCCAUGGGACUACCAAGAGGAGGGAUGACCUCCAACUGGGAUUCUGGAAUGUCAAACCAAAAACGGCCACUUUUAACAACACCAAAGAUGAGAACUAGAGUUGUGGUGGCAGAAAAUGAAGGGAAACCUAUCAUAUUGAACAAAUUGCUGUCCCUGGCUCAACCGUUUGGAACGGUCUGUCAGCAUCUGGUGCGCAUCAACAAGGCAUACUUGGAAAUGCAAACUCAUGAAGAGGCAGUUGCUAUGGUGAAUUGCUACCAGCAGAAGCCGCCAGUCAUGCAUGGAAAACCGAUCAGUAUAUCUUUAUCAUGGGAACGUUUCCCCUUUGAGAAAGGCAACAGAGAUGGUAAAGGCAGACAAAGUCGGGUGGUUUUCUUCUCCAACCUGCCAAGAGAGAGAGAGAAGAAAUCAGAGCUGCUGACUGUUGCUCGGCGUUUUGGAACUGUGGAGAAAUACCUAUUCUUAAACGAACAAGCAUUUGUACAGCUUGGAACCCCAGAGGAUGCUGAGAUGAUGGUGAAGUAUUACAGUCUACAUCCUCUCACUAUCAAAGGCAGAAACAUCCGGCUAAACAUCUGUGAAAAGUACAAGACUUUAAUAGUGAAUCCCUCCAGACAGAUUCCAGGGAGAGAGAGAGAGGACACAAACAGAAAGAGCAGCACCACUAGCAGGAAAGGAUCUCCAAAAAAACAGAGAUCUGAGUCCACCGGUGAGAGGAGCUCCAAAAGCAAGCCGGAGAGCGCUACGAAAGAGGAGGAUCCAGCAGCUGGGGACAGCGCAGUGCUUGAGGAAUGCUCUGGAGAAGAGAUAUCUGGUGUGGUUGAAGCUGAUGAAGGGGACUAUGAUGAAGCUGCUGAAACACAAGAAGCAGAACAGGCUGAGAUCCCAGAUGAGGCCAUGAUUGAACCAGAAGAGUCCUCCACCCAGCAAGAGGAGCCUGUUCCUGAUCUCGAUGAGACUCAAGACACUGUGGAAGAGACCUGUGAAGUUCCUCCCACAGCGGGGUCUAAGGAAGCCAUCGCAGAGGGGCCCCCAUCACAGGCUGAGACCGCACAGGCUGAAGGUGAAAUCCCUGCAGAAGAGGUGGGAACACAGGAAAACGUGCCCUCUACGGAGCCAACUGAAAGCACAGAGAUCCCUAAUGAGGAGCCAGAGCAGGACCAGGAAAUGCCCUUGGAGCAGGAUUUCCCAGAGAACAUGGAAGAUUUUGUGACUUUGGAUGAGGUGGCAGAAGAAGAAGAUGCCGAUGGACUAGAAUCCCACUCAAUAUCAGAGGACGCAUACUCAGAGAGCUCAGGCAAAAAUGAGGGUCUGAAGGUUGUCAGAGUUGUGGGACUUAAGCGAGGCUACAACUUCCUUGAUGAAAUUCUGGUCCUUGCCAAGCCUUUUGGAAAAGUAGUUCGAUAUCUAGUUCUUGACACAAGACCUGAGGCAUUUUUGGAAUUGUCUUCUGAAGAAGAGGCAAGAGCUAUGGUGGCUUUCUACAGUUCCAAUGUUACCCCAACAGUGUGUGGAAGACCUGUGAAAAUAUACCACUCGCAGACCCAUGCAACAAUCCAUAGUGGACGGGUUGUCUAUGUUGGCCACAUUCCUUUAGUGAAAACUUCGGAUGCUGCCCUCCUGAAAAUUGCUGAACCUUUUGGAAAAGUGAGGCGUUAUUUCCUCAAUCGACCUCGCUGUGAGUGCUUCAUUGAAAUGGAAAGAGGGCAAGAUGCUGAGAGAAUGGCUAAUGCCUACAAGGACAAUCCACCAAAGUUUCAUGGCCAACGGCUGACUGUAUAUGUGAGCCGAAAAUAUAAACAACUGAGGAAUGGUCGAGCCGUAACAAACUGCUCCUCCAGGGUCAGGCCACCCUCUGCAGAGCCUGAGGAGGAGCGACCACCCAAGAGGGAGCACAGUGGUGCUGAGGAAGACUCUCCUGCCAAAAACAAGGCCAAGAAGGAGGAAGAACCUCCCACUAAGAAGGUCUGCAUCAGGGAAGAGAAGACCACCCCAGCAGAGCCCAGCAGCAGCAUUAAUGAGGAGGAGAAGGCAGCCACAGAGGAACCCAGCAGCAAUGGGGAGCAGCAGCAAGAAGAGGAGGAGAAGGGGACGUCUGAGACACCUUGUGAACAGGAAGAGUUGGUGGUGAAGACAGAAAAUGAAAACGUCACAAUCAGCCAGCCCUCCGACAGUGUGGACACCCAGAAGAAGGACACAGAGGGGGAUUGUGGAAACGAGGCAGCAGGAGCGGCCCCCUGCGGCGGAGCGAGUGAGAAGAGCUGUGGGAGCGAGGGGACGCCCAGCACCAAGCCACAGGCUGAGAAGAAACCAGCGCCCACCUCUCUCCCUCUGGGGCCCUACCAGCCCAACAACCCUGUGGGUGUGGAGUAUGUGAAAAUGGGCUACUACUGCAGAGUAUGCUUCCUGUUCUACUCCAAUGAAGAAACUGCGAAAAAAGUUCAUUGCAGCAGUCUGUCUCACUAUCAAAAACUGAAGAAACACUUGGAUAAAGAGAAGGGGAAAGAAAAAGAGAAACCAAAAGCUGAAUGAACAAUUGGAAACGCAUCACAGAAACAAGCAUCUUAAUGAAAUACAGAAUUUUGUGUGAAGCAUAUGACCCAUUCUUGCUGUGUUAUAACACUACCCAACUUUGUCCAAUUCAUAAUCCUGUUGCCUAAGUUUUCAGUAGUCAUUACAAUUAAUGUAGGUAAUCAUUGUUAAAAUGCUGAGUGUGAUCUUUUAGACAACGAAUAUAGCUGCUUAGAAUGUAGUACGUUUUUUGAAAGCUUGAUUUGUUUUACUGUUGUUUCUUUCUUUUAAAAUAGGUUAAACUCUUUACUGCUACCUUAUAAUACAUUUGACCACAAAAAGAAACAUUCUUUUGGUUGUUUUUCUGAAAGGUUUUAGUGCAGAACUGUAGUAUUCGCAGUGCUAGAAUUUUCUGACCAGUGUGCUUUUUGCAGGGGAAAUGUAUUAAAUAUGAGUUCUGCUACCAUCUUAAGCAGCGUAUACACCAUUUAUUUCAAAAGCUAUUUAUUUUAAGUUUGUUUGUGGAAACUGCUCUCUACAGGAGGCUCAGUAUGUUUUUAGUUUUCCUGCUGUAACUUUUAUGGGCUAAUUUGUGAGAUCUCUUUCCACAGUAAUUUCUGUCAUUUAUUCCUUCAAGUAUGGUUAAGAUGUGAUACUGUAUUUCUCUUUAAGCUUAAUUUAUACUGUUCAUUCACAGCCUCGUGGUUUUUCUGCUCAGUGGGGCAUCUACAAUAAUUUUAAGCCCUCGGGAAGCUUAAUUAUGGAGCUCAGCUGUUGAUUGUAGGAUUUUGGGUUGAAAUGUAGAUCCUGAUAAGUGAAAAUGCACAUGAUAAAUGACCAUUACACUGUACCGCAGUUUGGUACAUCAGUAUUUCUCUGCCAUUCAGGGUCUGUCUGCAGCACUGGUGUAUGCAUGCAUUAACACAUACAAAUGUAACAUGAAAAUUAAAUGUAGCGAUACAACUUGG